GGUCUCUCGAGUCUUCCGUUCUGAUAAAAAAAGAGACGGAAGGAGCAUAGAAGCGGCGUGUCGCAUCACCGGGCCAGUCUGCCACCAUUCCCCAGCAUUUAACGGGUCGCCCUCUUUAGACGGCCGCAUCGCCGUCUCCUUUGAGCUCCUCACGUUUCUCCUCUUCCGCUUCUUUUUUUUAGCUUCGAAAGGCAUGGAUGAAACCGGCAUUGGACCGAUGAAGCAGUCGCCGGGCAACCCAUUCUUGUCCGUCUCCAAACAACAGCAGCAGUACCAUGUAAACCCCAAUGCUACGCAAGCCAUUGGGCCGUACUCCAACAUUGGCGCCGAGUGUGGGAAGCGCUCAGGCGUCCCUCCCGCUUCCCCUUGCUCCCAGUUGCCGUCCCUCCCCCCUCGCUCGCCGCCCUUGGCGGUGGCCGCGCAGCAGCUGCCACCUGUCGCCCGCCACCACUCCCGUUCCCGCUCCCAACCGACCUUCUUCUCCCUCGACUCACUGCCGACCCUGAUCUGCCGCGGCGACUCCUCGUCGACCACCUCCCUCUCCGACUCAGUAUCAGCGGAUGUCUCCAUGGACGACCACGACGUUCCCAGCUCCCACUCCCCGCCACUCCCGCCCAAUAACGUCGCCGCCGCCGCCGCCGCCCAGGAAAGGGAUGACCUUCCACCUCGCAAGACGCACCGGCGCUCCCAGAGCGACGUCCCGUCCGCCUUCUUUCCCCCGUCUCUGCCCGUGCAGGCCGCGACUGCCGCCCCUUUCGCCGGGGGGUUUCUGGACUCUGCUAAGCUGACGGUGGCGGGAGUGAAGCUGGAGAACCACUGGGACGUCGGAUUGGACGCCGAUGCCGUCUCGGGCGAUGACUUGUUCAACGCUUACAUGAAUUUGGAUGGCUUCGAUGCGCUAAAUUCCUCCGAGGACAACCGCGAGGAUCUGAACAGCAGAGACAGCGGAUCCAAGACGAAUGCCGCUGACAGUAGCGAGAACGAAGCAGAUAGCAAAGCGAAAGAACAUCUGAAGGGCGGGCUGAAGCGAAAUGCUGCAGGUGAUCCUUCUCAGGUCAUGGCGGCCUCUAGGCACUGUAGGAGUUUCUCGAUGGACAGUUUCAUGGGCAAGUUCAACCUCGAGGAGGAGCCGCAAAAGCUGCUGCCUUCCUCCGGAUUGCGAGCGAGGCAGAGCUCUAAAUCCAAUUCAUUUGACGUGGCGCCCAACACCUUCAGCUUAGAGUUUGGCAAUGGCCUUUUUACUGCUGCAGAGAUGAAGAAGAUCAUGGAGAACGAGAAGCUCGUCGAGAUGGCAAUGACCGAUCCUAAACGCGUCAAGAGGAUAUUAGCCAACCGACAUUCUGCUGCCCGCUCCAAAGAGCGUAAGAUGAGGUACAUCGCAGAGUUGGAACACAAGGUGCAGACAUUGCAGACGGAAACCACCAAUUUGUCAACGCAGCUGACUUUUCUGCAAAGAGACUCAGCUGGGCUCACAAAUCAGAACCACGAGCUGAGGUUUCGUCUUCAAGCUAUGGACCAGCAGGCGCAACUGAGAGAUGCUCUGAACGAGGCUCUGACCGCAGAAGUGCAGCGUCUGAAGCUUGCUGCUACAGGGCUUGCUGAUGCUCAUCCUUCCAAGAGCUUGAAUCAACAAGCAUCCAUGGAUCCUCAGAGGUAUCAACUGCAGUCAAAGCUGCAACGUGCACAUGUGCCUCCCUACCAACUACAGAAACAACAGGAUGACACGGUAAUGGAUUCCAGAUCUGAGCAGUAAUUUGACCAACAAGGGAGAAUUGCUACAUAUAUAGAAGAAAGUAAUUGGUGGCUUGUUUAAUUGUUUCUUCCAGCAAUUGUGUAAAUGAAGAUUUGCUGUGUUUGGUGUAGGAGAUUUGGUUUAUUUGGGAGGACUAGAACAUGAAUUUUAUGGAAAUUGACCUAUUCUUUAAAUCAUAACCAUGCUGAAAGGUUUCGAAUUGUAUAGGUUGUCCUAAAUCUAUGUAUUUUUGUCGAAGUUUGUGAAAGCUAGAAUGAGAUUGUGGUCCAACAAAA